AUGGUUUUGCUCUCCAUAGGAAAGCAUUAUAUUACUAUUGUGAGAUGUUUUAGAAGAGGUAACCUUAACAGCUUGAGGGAGAGCUUUCUCCAGCAAAGAACUAGCCAGCCAGAGACUGCUGCCGCCCUGAAACGUACAAUAGAAGCACUUAUGGACAGAGGCGCAAUAGUGAGAGACUUGGAAAACCUGGGUGAACGUGCACUUCCAUAUAAGAUCUCCACCCACAGUCAGCGGCACAGUAGAGGAGGGUAUUUCUUGGUGGAUUUUUAUGCACCAACAACAACUGUUGAAAGUAUGAUGGAGCACUUGUCUCGAGAUGUUGAUGUGAUUAGACCAAAUAUUGUAAAGCACCCGCUGACCCAGGACGUAAAAGAAUGUGAAGGAAUUGUCCCAGUCCCACUUGAAGAAAAGUUAUAUUCCACAAAGAAGAGGAAGAAGUGAGAAGAUUCACCAGAUUUUCGCCUUAUUUAAUUCUCUCACAUUUGAGCAGCAUGGAUGAGAUGAACCACUUACAAACUUGGCCUUUAUAUAAGAGUGUGUUGCAGGUGCUGUUUGAUUUUUCUAAGGUCUUUUUAACCCCUGAUCCCCCUUACUACAGGAGAUGGGGAACUGUUCACAGGAGCUGCUCUGUAAUCUGUAGCAGUAAAUUGUUUUUGAUUUAGUUUUCUUUAAUGUAGUUUCUUUGUCAGUGAGAACUUUUCCUCUUAAAACAGUAGUACCAUUUUGAAGAGCAACAUUUAUAAAAAUGCCUGGGAUUGUUAGCUAGUCAUUCAUACUGUAUAGCCAUGCAGAAGUAAAAAUUGAAUACUAUUGUAUUAUAUGGGCAGCUUUUGAUCAGAGUAAUAAACAUGAUUUUAGAAACCGCA